CGUUUUGUCAAAAUUGGUCUUAUGAAAUAAUUGAUAUAUUAUGUACUUUGUUAAAAUUAAGAAUAAAUCAAGUAAGAUUUUUAUCCAUUCAAAGCUGCCAUUUAAGAAUCCAAUAAUUUACAGGAUAUACUGAAUGUUUCAAAAGCUAAUUUCAUUUAAAUCAUAUAAAAGGGCAUACUGCAGUUGCCGCUUAUUUUCUUUGAUUACAAAAAGAUCUCAUAAUUUAUUGUGCAAUAUGAAUGUACAACAAAUGAAUCCCAGAUUUAUUGGAACACCAAAAGAAAAGUUCGCAUUUUUCAACACUUUAUUAUGCUUAGUAAAAUCUUUGCAAGGACAAUAUGUAAAUGUAGAUUUGCGUAAUGACUCAAAUGUAUGUGGACUGCUUCUAACAGUUGAUGGAUUUAUGAACUUGUCAUUCUCAACUGCUGUAUAUUGUGAUCCACAAGGAAAUGAAUUUUUCUUUGAGAAUAUUUUUGUUCAAUGUCGCAAUGUUAGAUAUGUUCAUAUACCAGAACACGUAUCAAUAAUAAAUAAUAUUAAGAAUGAAGUAGCAAGAGAAGUUAGGAAUAAACCCACAGGGACGGCAAUGAAUAAAUCAAGGAAAGCUAAGAAGGCGUAUAACCAGCACAUGCAGACAGUGGCAUCACUUUACAUGAAUAUGAAUUGAUAUAUGGAGAACCUGGAAUGAGAGUGGUCUAUGAUACAAAAUAAAUGUUAUAAGAUAAGAAACCAAAAGUGUUUAAAGUGUUGUACUUAUGAACGUAUGUUACAUUGAUGUUAAAAAUUUAUACAGUAGUUAAAUAGAUAUAGUUCGGAUUUAUUUAUCGUUUUUAUGUUCAAAGAUGCUGAUAUAUGGAUUUAGCCAAAAAUGUUAAAUAGACCACAUUAGUUCAAGGUUAGCCAUUUAAUGACUUUUAUUAACGAAUUUUCUUAAAAUUAAGUAUGGUUUUUAUUUUUCCGGUUGAUUUUCUGUACCAGGAUAUAUUACAGUAUCUGUGGGCAU